AUGAGCUUGUUUUGCUUCCAUCUAGAAUGUCUAUGGAUUCGGCUGCUGAACUUAACUAUUCCUUCUUUGCUAAGUCCUAAAGAACGUCCAACAUUUAUUCGGUCUACCAAGCAUUCAAGGAAAUCCUCAACAACUUUAAAUGAAGAAGAAUCGUCCAAAACAACAUCAACUCGCAGAAACAGCAGAAAUGAAGAUUCGUCGUCAUAUCGUUCUUCUCGUCGACAUCGCCGUUCGCGUUCUAGAAAUAAUGAUCGUCAUAAUAACAAUAGAGGAGAAUCUUCUUCAAUGGAUAAAGUAAUAGAAUCUCGUCAUCAACGUUCUACAAUGUAUUUUCUUCAAAAAGAUCAACAACAACAAAAGGCAAAAUUUAAUUCACAACAAAAACAGCAACAACAAAUGACUCGUUCACUACCUUCGAAACCAAUCCAAGAACGAAUUGAGGCGCUUUUAGCUAGACCCGAUCAUGAAGUUUUGGCAAUGCCUAUAAAUGAUUUGAGAGCUUUAAUAUUGCAAGGAGUUGAAUUGUUUAGAGAACAAAAUCAUUUUUUGAAUGCAAAGAAGGGAAUGUUGAGUGAAUUAGACAAAAUAAUAUCUCGUGAAAGAGAAGAAAUUGAUCGUCUUUCAAAAGAAGCACCACCACCAUCCUAUCGCCCUCCAGAGCUCCCUCAACAACAACAAAUUAUUGAACAGAAGCAGACAGAACCUCAACAACAACAACAUAUUGCAAAAGAAAGUGAGAAUGGGUUUGGUAUUGCACACAUCUUGACUUCCAUCAACGAUACUUUUGUGCAUUUUACUCACCUUUCUGGACGUGAAACUAUAGUAAAGAUUACUGGUAGAACGCGUGUAAAUGCUGACAGGGACGAAGCCUGUCCGCACGAGCCGAUGAUUGCUUCUCACUGGUUUUUAACAUUGAGGCUUCUCAAUGUUAUGAAAUAA